AUGCUGAGUAUGCUCCGAGGUGCUGCUGAUGUCAACACCACUGCCUCGCUGCAGGUGGCAGUAGAUCUCGUGUACACUAUCGCCGCUCCAUGUGAUUCAGUUACAGUGCUUGCGAGCUCUAGCGACGCGCUGACGACAAGUUUGCUGCCAGCUAGCGCAGUAUUCCGGGGCAAGAUGCAGAUAACCAAGGCUGCUAGUAAUGACGGUUGUACACUGGAUCUGACCAUAAAUGGCACUAUCUCUGCUACAGCCACCGACUUUCAGGAUGCCUUUGAUGUGGCGCGUUAUGUGCAUCAACAAGUAAUGGAGCGACUGAGCUCCAAAGACCUCAAGAACGUCGCACUAACACAAGCAACAGUGGCUCUAGAUGGUAACAAGCUCCUGACAGUGUCUCUGAUGGCUGAAGACUCAGACGCAGCGUCUGGUAGUGUUUUAACAGUACAAAAAGGAGCUUGCAAGGAGCUGUUGGACACUUUACAAGGCGAAAAAGAUAAUGACAUGCUGUUGCCGAGAAAUGUAGAGACCAGCACCUUGAAAAUUACCAAGCUGACCAUCGAAGAUGAGACUGCAAACUGUGUUGUGGCUUUAAACAUUUCUGCACUUGUCCCGCGUAUUAAUGCUGACGCUGAGGCGUUCCAGCUGCUGAAGACUGUGGAUGAGAAGAUGGAAACUUUCUUUGCUGGACGAUCCAGUGCGGCGCUUGCCAGUGCCAAUGUGCGACUGCAUAUAAAGUCGACCGAAGAGAGUAUGGCACUGAAUUAUGCUGUGAAGAAGGGAAGUGUAAACACAGCCUCUUCAACGAAUAUGACGCUUAACUUACCGUCGUCUGAGGAGGCAUUGGGCAUUUUUGCUCUUCUUGCUAUGCUCGUGGCCAUGAUGAUGGGUGUGGUGGUUCUAAAGAAGCGUAAUGAUCGUCGGAGUCGCCAGCGUUAUGAGCGUGCAAACCAAGCCGCGCAGAUCCGUCGUGUGUCCAUUCGUAUGAGUAAGUAUGAUCAAAAUGAGGAUCAAGACUACGAAGGCGAAGAAGACACUCUGCUAUAG